AAUGAAUACAUGUAAUGCCACACCAGCUUACGUCAAUGCUCAAAAAGCUUAACUAAUUGGAGAGAACUUCUACAUACAAUAAUUUCAAGUCAGCUGUUUGGGUUAAUUUUCCUAUUACAUUGAAUCCAACAACGAAGCUGCAGUAAUUGACCCUAUGAGAGAUUAUGAAGAAUACAUGUAUUAAAGUCCAUCCUAUAUUUAUUAGUAAAUUUUCUGAAUCAAGAAAUUCUGUUAUCAAGUAUGUUAUCUUAACUCACAUUCAUGCUGAUUUUGUAGCAGGACAUGUAGAUUUAGCUAAAAUUACAGGAGCUCAAAUUGUAUUGGGUCCGUAGGCUGUUACUUAAUAUUAAGCAAGAAUCACAUAAGAUGAAGGUAUAUUAUUUUAUCGCUAUCAUUAGAAUUAUUGCCUUUAGGGAAUGCAUAUCUUAGAGUAUUACAUACACCUGGCCAUACUUUAGAAUCUAGUUGUUUUGUACUAGUAGUAGAUGGUAAAGACAAUGCUGUUUUCAGUGGAGACUCACUUUUUCUUGAAGAAGUUGGAAGACCUGAUCUCGCAUCUAAAUCAUCAGGUUUGACUACUCAGCAACUUGCUUCACUUCUUUAUCAUUCCCUUAGAAACAAGAUCAUGAAGCUAAAUGAUGAUGUCAUUCUCUAUCCUGGACAUGGAGCAGGUUCUGCUUGUGGUAAGGCUAUUGGAGCAGGUACUGUAAGUACAAUUGGGGAAUAGAAACUCAAAAAUUGGGCAUUAUAGAAUAUUACUGAGGAAGAGUUUGUAAAAACAUCAACUGAUAUACCUACACCUCCUCAAUAUUUCUUUCAUGAUGUGCAAAUAGUAAUUAUAUUAAAUAUAAAUAUCUUAGAAUCGAUAAGGUGCUAGCGACCUCCAAAGUAUUAAAUAAAAAGUUACAAAAGCUUUGAACUAUUAAGAGUUUACUCAAAUCGCAGCUGAAGGUGCCUUAAUAUUAGAUUCCAGAGAUAUCGUUAAUAAAGGAGUUAUCAAAGGCUCCAUCAACAUUACCUAAGUAGCUACUCUUGCUUCUUUUGUUGGAAUACUCUUUAAGCCUGAUUAAAAAAUUGUCAUAGUUGCAGAUGAAGGCAAAGAAGAAUAAACAAUCAUUAGAUUACUAAGAAUUGGAUAUGAAAACAUCCUUGGUUAUUUGGAUGGAGGAUUCGAUAAUUAUGUUAGAAAUGGAGGAGAAGUUUAACAAUUAAAUAUUGUUGAUUUGAAAGAUUUCUUAGAUACAAAAGAUUAACCUCAAAAUCAUGUGUUCAUUGAUUGCAGAAACCCAGUUGAAUUUAAAACCACAGGAAUUGUUCCAGGAUCUUUAAUGAUCCCUCUAUUUUAAAUAGAGAAUUAAGUAAAUUAUUAAUAUUAUUCUAUAUAGCUUGAUUUGAUUCCAAAAGACAAGACAUUACAUAUAUACUGUCGUUCAGGAGCCAGAGCUAAAACUGCUGCUACCAUACUAUAAAGGCAUGGUUAUUCAGACUUUGUUCUAGUUUAGAAUGCUGGACUUGAACAUAUUGUCAAGGAACAUCAAAUUAAAGUCCAAAAAGUUGAAUGAUUC